AUGGCAGUGGCGCGUGCGCAGGAUGAACUUGGCCAUGCUGCGUACCUAUCAUACCAUUCCCACUGCUGUCAAACAUACCUCACGCACAAGGAGGGUCUUCUGGAUCACAAGGCUCUAGCGGGUCAGGACCUUCAGGGGAGUCUGGAGGAUCUAGCAGUUCAGGAAAGCCAUCAGGACCAGGGUCUCCUGGAUCACAAGGCUCUAGCGGAUCAGGAAAUUCAGGCGAGUCCGGAGGAUCUAGCAGUUCGGGACAGCCAUCAGGACCAGGGUCUCCUGGCUCACAAGGCUCUAGCGGGUCAGGAACUUCAGGCGAGUCUGGAGGGUCUAGCAGUUCGGGACAGCCAUCAGGACCAGGGUCUCCUGGAUCGCAAGGCUCUAGCGGGUCAGGAAAUUCAGGCGAGUCUGGAGGAUCUAGCAGUUCAGGACAGCCAUCAGGCCAAGGAGGGUCAGGAAACUCAGGCCAAUCUGGAAGUUCAGGACAAUCUUCAGGACAAGAAGGGUCCUCUGGAUCAACAGAACCUAGUGCGUCAGGAAGUUCAGGUCAAUCUGGAGGAUCUGGCAGUUCAGGACAGUCAUCAGGACAAGGAGGGUCUUCUGGACCACAAGGAUCUAGCGGCUCAGGAAAUUCAGGCCAAUCUGGAAGUUCAGGACAAUCAUCAGGACAAGAAGGGUCUUCUGGAUCAACAGAACCUAGUGGGUCAGGAAGUUCAGGACAGUCAUCAGGACAAGGAGGGUCUUCUGGACCACAAGGAUCUAGCGGGUCAGGAAAUUCAGGCCAAUCUGGAGGAUCUGGCAGUUCAGGACAGUCAUCAGGACAAGGAGGGUCUUCUGGACCACAAGGAUCUAGCGGGUCAGGAAAUUCAGGCCAAUCUGGAGGAUCUGGCAGUUCAGGACAGUCAUCAGGACAAGGAGGGUCUUCUGGACCACAAGGAUCUAGCGGGUCAGGAAAUUCAGGCCAAUCUGGAGGAUCUGGCAGUUCAGGACAGUCAUCAGGACAAGGAGGGUCUUCUGGACCACAAGGAUCUAGCGGGUCAGGAAAUUCAGGCCAAUCUGGAGGAUCUGGCAGUUCAGGACAGUCAUCAGGACAAGGAGGGUCUUCUGGACCACAAGGAUCUAGCGGGUCAGGAAAUUCAGGCCAAUCUGGAGGAUCUGGCAGUUCAGGACAGUCAUCAGGACAAGGAGGGUCUUCUGGACCACAAGGAUCUAGCGGGUCAGGAAAUUCAGGCCAAUCUGGAGGAUCUGGCAGUUCAGGACAGUCAUCAGGACAAGGAGGGUCUUCUGGACCACAAGGAUCUAGCGGGUCAGGAAAUUCAGGCCAAUCUGGAGGAUCUGGCAGUUCAGGACAGUCAUCAGGACAAGGAGGGUCUUCUGGACCACAAGGAUCUAGCGGGUCAGGAAAUUCAGGCCAAUCUGGAGGAUCUGGCAGUUCAGGACAGUCAUCAGGACAAGGAGGGUCUUCUGGACCACAAGGAUCUAGCGGGUCAGGAAAUUCAGGCCAAUCUGGAGGAUCUGGCAGUUCAGGACAGUCAUCAGGACAAGGAGGGUCUUCUGGACCACAAGGAUCUAGCGGGUCAGGAAAUUCAGGCCAAUCUGGAGGAUCUGGCAGUUCAGGACAGUCAUCAGGACAAGGAGGGUCUUCUGGACCACAAGGAUCUAGCGGGUCAGGAAAUUCAGGCCAAUCUGGAGGAUCUGGCAGUUCAGGACAGUCAUCAGGACAAGGAGGGUCUUCUGGACCACAAGGAUCUAGCGGGUCAGGAAAUUCAGGCCAAUCUGGAGGAUCUGGCAGUUCAGGACAGUCAUCAGGACAAGGAGGGUCUUCUGGACCACAAGGAUCUAGCGGGUCAGGAAAUUCAGGCCAAUCUGGAGGAUCUGGCAGUUCAGGACAGUCAUCAGGACAAGGAGGGUCUUCUGGACCACAAGGAUCUAGCGGGUCAGGAAAUUCAGGCCAAUCUGGAGGAUCUGGCAGUUCAGGACAGUCAUCAGGACAAGGAGGGUCUUCUGGACCACAAGGAUCUAGCGGGUCAGGAAAUUCAGGCCAAUCUGGAGGAUCUGGCAGUUCAGGACAGUCAUCAGGACAAGGAGGGUCUUCUGGACCACAAGGAUCUAGCGGGUCAGGAAAUUCAGGCCAAUCUGGAGGAUCUGGCAGUUCAGGACAGUCAUCAGGACAAGGAGGGUCUUCUGGACCACAAGGAUCUAGCGGGUCAGGAAAUUCAGGCCAAUCUGGAGGAUCUGGCAGUUCAGGACAGUCAUCAGGACAAGGAGGGUCUUCUGGACCACAAGGAUCUAGCGGGUCAGGAAAUUCAGGACAGUCAUCAGGACAAGGAGGGUCUUCUGGAUCAGGAAAUUCAGGACAGUCUGGAAGUUCUGGACAGUCAUCAGGACAAGAAGGGUCCUCUGGAUCAACAGAACCUAGUGGGUCACAAAGUUCAGGCCAAUCUGGAGGAGCUGGCAGUUCAGGACAGUCAUCAGGACAAGGAGGGUCUUCUGGAUCAGGAAAUUCAGGACAGUCUGGAAGUUCUGGACAGUCAUCAGGACAAGAAGGGUCCUCUGGAUCAACAGAACCUAGUGGGUCACAAAGUUCAGGCCAAUCUGGAGGAGCUGGCAGUUCAGGACAGUCAUCAGGACAAGGAGGGUCUUCUGGAUCAGGAAAUUCAGGACAGUCUGGAAGUUCUGGACAGUCAUCAGGACAAGAAGGGUCCUCUGGAUCAACAGAACCUAGUGGGUCACAAAGUUCAGGCCAAUCUGGAGGAGCUGGCAGUUCAGGACAGUCAUCAGGACAAGGAGGGCCUUCUGGAUCACAAGGAUCUAGCGGGUCCGGCAAUUCAGGUGGUUCUGGAGGAGCUGGUGGAUCCGGAGGUUCCGGGGGAUCUGGCGGCUCUGGAGGAUCUGGCGGUUCUGGAGGAUCUGGCGGUUCAGGAGAGUCUAGCGGUACAGGAGGGUCUGGUGGUAGCGGCGGGUCUAGCGACACAGGAGGUUCAGGAGGGGUUACCCUGUAUGUAG